AUGGACGUUGAAGAAGUGCAUGUUCUAGUGUUGACAUUGGCAUGGCAAGGCCAUAUGAACCCUAUGCUCAAUCUUUCCAAACGUCUUGCAUCGAAGGGUAUUCAUGUUACUUUUGCCACUACUGAGGUUGCCAGUCAUCUCAUACAAAAAUCCAACAUCCGUGUCCCCUUUACCACCUCCCAAAGCGCCAAAGCUAGAAGCCCACAAAUCAGUCUCGAGUUCUUCUCCGAUGGUCUCGAUCUAGAAUUUGAUCGCGUGAAGAAUUUUGACUCUUAUCUUGAAUCCCUGGAGACAACAGGAUACAAAACUAUCUCCAAUCUGAUAAAAAAAUUCACAAACAAUGGUAAGAAAUUUUCUUGCAUUAUUAGCAAUCCUUUUAUGCCAUGGGUGCCAAAAAUUGCUACUGAAAAUGACAUUCCUUGUGCAAUACUUUGGAUCCAAGCUUGCACUAUCUACUCUAUUUACUAUCACUAUUUUAAGAAUCCUAACUCAUUUCCUACACUAAUAGACCCAUAUGAGUUUAUAGAAUUGCCUGGAAUUCCAACUUUACAGGUAAAGGAUCUUCCUUCUUUUAUUCUCCCUUCAUGUUCUCCAACCAUCCAAAAACUAGUUUCAAAUUUCAUCCAAAACUUGGAUCAGGUCAAAUGGGUUUUGGGAAAUUCCUUCAAUGAGCUUGAGGAGGAAGUUGUUAAGUCUAUUGCUUCACUCCAUCCAAUUUGUCCAAUUGGUCCUUUGGUUUCGUCUUUACUGCUAGGACAAGAAGAAAGCAUUAAUGGUAGUGUUGAUAUGUGGAUUCCUGAAUAUUCAUGCAUUGAGUGGUUAGACAAAAAACCACCUUCAUCUGUCAUCUACAUUUCCUUUGGUAGUGUAUUAUCAUAUUCACAAAAGCAAAUUGACAACAUAGCCAUGGGAUUGAAGAAUAGCAAUCGACCAUUUCUUUGGGUGAUUAAACCUCCGCAAAAAGGUCUAGAAAAUAAAAUUGGUGAUUUGCCAUAUGAUUUUCUAAAGGAGACCGAAGGAAGAGGUUUAGUAGUGACAUGGUGCCCUCAAGAAAAGGUGCUCAUGCACCAAGCUGUGGCUUGCUUUAUUACUCAUUGUGGGUGGAACUCGACACUAGAGACAGUGGUUGCUGGGGUUCCUAUAAUUGCUUAUCCAGAUUGGACAGAUCAACCAACAGUUGCAAAACUUGUAACUAGUAUCUUUAAUAUAGGUGUGAGGUUGGAAGUUGAGAAUGGAGUUGCAAGUUCAGAAGAGAUAGAAAAAUGCAUUGUGGAGGUCACUAAUGGACCGGAAGCAGCUAAGAUAAAGAAAAGGGCUUUGGAGUUGAAGGAGGCGGCGAAGAAAGCAGUUGCAGAAGGUGGCUCUUCUGAUGAAAAUAUAGAUCAGUUUAUCAGGGAGUUUGUUGGAAAAUAA